GUAGUCCUUCCUCCACCCCUCUACCUGUUUAGUUGUUAAAAAUGGCUGAAGCUCCUCCAUGGCCCAGCCGGUUCUUCUGUCACAGAUGCUCCGCAGAGAUUAGUCCUCGGCUUCCCGAGUACACAUGUCCAAGAUGUGAUUCAGGGUUUAUUGAGGAACUGCUGGAGGAGAGAAGUGCUGACAAUGGCUCCACGUCUACCAUUUCCAGUGCCCCCCAGAACCAGCAACCAUUUGAGAAUCCGGACCAGCACAUGUUUACAUUCCCUUCGGGCUACGGCCAGUUUGCCCUGGGUGUCUUCGACGAUCGCUUCGACUUUGGAGCUGGCCUGGGAACAGAGGACAACAGGGACGCAGAAAACAGGCGAGAAAGGGAAACGACAUCGCGGCAACGAUAUGGUGCUAGGCAACCGAGAAGUCGUCAUGGCUCAAGGCGACAAGCAGGGAGGCCAGAGGGAGUUCCCACUUUAGAGGGAAUCAUUCAGCAACUGGUGAAUGGAAUAAUUGCACCCACUGCAAUGCCAAAUAUUGGUGUUGGACCCUGGGGUGUUCUUCACUCAAAUCCUAUGGAUUAUGCCUGGGGCGCUAAUGGACUAGAUGCAAUUAUAACUCAGUUAUUAAACCAGUUUGAGAACACGGGUCCUCCGCCUGCUGACAGGGAUAAAAUAAAAACCCUUCCUAUAGUUCAUAUUACAGAGGAUCACGUUGCUUCAGGACUGGAAUGUUCAGUGUGUAAAGACGAUUACAGUGUUGGAGAAAUUGUGAGGCAGCUCCCAUGCAAUCACAUGUUCCAUAAUGACUGCAUAGUCCCCUGGCUGGAACAGCAUGACACUUGUCCAGUGUGCAGGAAAAGCUUGAGUGGACAGAACACGGCAACAAACCCUCCAGAACUAUCAGGGAUGAACUUUACCCCCUCCUCCUCUUCCUCCUCCGCCUCUUCAUCUUCCUCUACACCUCAGUCCUCGAGUUCGACCAGCAAUGAGAACUCCACUGAUAACUCAUAGAGGACCACUUGUCCUCAUCACCCUACGAGCUGUUUAUAGCUCCUAGGCUGCUGUACUUCAGAGCUGUAACCUCCAGUCCCCCCCCUCCCGCCCA